AUGACUAUCACCCACGAAAGCCACUCCCAGUUCGCAGUGACCUGGGACUUGGCGUUGAAAAGAUAUACAGCGGCUGUGGGCAGACAACUCGAUGAUCCCUCACUACCCCACCCCUCUUCAGUGGAAGAGUUGCUCAAUCGGCUGGAUAGCCAGAAUGGUCAUUUUAGCCAGUUUAGAGAGAACAAGCGCUCGCUUUUCAACAUUCUGACAUGCAUAUGCAAUCCAAUUGAACGCUUUGGGUCUAUGGCUGCAAGCAUUGCCUCUAACGCCUUUCCAGCCAGUAGCGUGUGCUUCAGCGCCAUCACAUAUCUUAUUGAUGCUGCGAAAGAUGUGUCCGCAUCUUAUAAUGCAGUCAUAGAACUAUUUUUCACCUUAAAGGCAAGCUUAUCUGACUUCCUUGUCCGCCUCGCCAUCUACGACGGUAGUCGCAUGUCUGAUGCACUUCAAGCAAAGGUUGUUGAUAUCCUAGUUACCUUACUUGAAAUCUUUGGUCAAGCGACUAAGCUAGUCCGGGCUGGGUUGAGAGGCCGAAUCAUCCAAUUUACCAAAAAUGCUCUGCUCGGCUCUGACAAGACCUUGCAGGGGUUGGUCGCCAAGUUGGACAGGCUCUGUCAAACAGAACAUCAACUAGUUGGAGCAGAGACCCUGAGUGAGACUAAGAAGGCCAACGUGGCUGUUGAGAAUCUGUCUGCUGUGCUUAAUGGAGCUAGUCUUGUACUAGAAGAUAACCAUGGUAGGUUAGCUCAGGCUCAGGCGGAUCUCCAACGUCUCGUGGAAGGUCAGAAUGAUCUUCGCCAGGAGGUGCAUCGGGACAUUAGUAGCCUGUUGGGUUCAUUCAUAGGGUCAGGUGCGAAGGCCAAUGGUGAUUCUGAUUACCUGAGGACACUCCUACAGCCGUCACUGGCUCCUUCAGACAUGUAUUACACCUUCGCAAGAAAACGGCUGUCUGGUACUGGAGAAUGGAUUGAGGCAGAGGUGGGAUUUCGGUCAUGGCUGAAUCAGGAGCAACCCCUACUCUGGAUUAAUGGGCCACCCGGUUCUGGCAAGAGCUUUCUCGCAGAAUACAUUAUUUCGAACCUGAAGACAAGAUUUCCCCAAGGCGUCGACCAAGGUUCAGAAAUCUCUGUUGGCUACUACUUUUUCAAGGACAACAACCCACAAACGAGAGGAUUGCACCAGGCGUUACGGGAUGUGGCAUAUCAAAUCUGCCUCAAUGAUUCCGUAUAUGCCGGGCACGUUGCGGCUCGUUGCAGGGCACCUGGUGAUAUAAGCAGUCUUCAGAGCGCAUGGAUGACCCUGUUCCGGGACUACUUCAUUGAAGGCGAUGCAGGUAACCGGCGUGCCUAUAUUGUUCUAGACGGUCUGGACGAAUGUAUGGAGGCUGAUCGGCAGAGUCUCUUGGAGUUUCUGCUUGAGCUCACAGCUGAGGAAUCCGAGAGCAAAUCCAGGGUACAAUUUGUUAUGCUGGGACGACCUCACCUUUCGGCCGAUGUAGCCGAUGCGUUUCAUGAGUCUGUAUCAUCCAUUUCCAUAGAUCGAUCCAAGAAUGAUGAUGAUAUCGCUCGCUAUGUAGAGCAUUCUGUGAGGAGGUCCAGGAACAUCGCUCGUGCGCCUUCAAGCCUGCGGAAAGAAGUUACGGAAUUCCUUGUGAAGCACGCACAGGGAAUGUUUCUUUGGGUUGAUCUAAUGACACAAGAAUUGGGACGACAUAAUCGCGCGAGCAGUAUUAGAGAGUGCUUGCAACGACCGCCAAAAGGUCUAUAUGAGGCCAUGAGACGUACACUGGAAGGCCUCAGCGCUUACUUGAAGGGCGAUGACCCCGAAGAACUGAAUACCAUAUUGGGAUGGGUUGCGUGUGCUUCGCGUCCUCUUUCUCUUCGAGAGAUCGAAGCCACGCUGACCCUAGGUUCCUCUGACCAAGACGAUAUCCUUGACAUCGAAAGCCUGCUCAGGUUGCAAUUUGCAUCCUUCUUGGCGCUCGUGCGAGAUGAUGGCCUGACAACAUCCGACUUGCAGGCGGAAGUAGAUUUAUCCCCUCUUCAGAUCGACGAUGAUCAUGAUGAAGAUGUGGAGGACUUCAAGCUUGAAAAUGAUUUCAGUUCCAACCCGGAAACCACAGAAGUCAUGUUCUGUCAUGCCUCCAUUGGUGAUUUCUUUCGUGAUGAAAACGAGAACAAACGCUCUGCAGGUCCCGAAUUCGUGGCAAUUGGGGUUGAUAUUGUUGAGUCUAGAAUCUCGACGCUGAAGGCGUGUCUACAGUUGGUUUGUAACUCAACCGAAUGUCCGCACCUCCGGAAUUAUGCACUUGUCUGGUGGCAUAGUCAUGUUAAGGCUGUCAUUCCUCACAUACAUCGAAUCGGGGGGUCUGAUCUGCAGGAAAUUAGAAGCCUCUUGCUAAAAACACUUCGUGACGAAUCAGUAUUGGAGGCUUGGAUUAGCUUACGGGAUGCAGAUGACUUCUGGUCCUUGGAUACCUUGGACCCAAUCGCUAAGCUUCUAGAUGAUAAGCUGUUUGUGGACUCUUUGCCGUUGGACAUGCGCAAUUGGGUGCUGAGCAGUAUCCAGGAGCCCGCGAGGCUGCUCGUUCCAGCUGCGGAGUGCAUUGCGAACAAAUGGCUCCAAGGCUACCGAUGGGACGCACGUACAUGCAUGUUAAUCAUACAUCGGAUCAGAUGCCUGCUUGAAGGCAAGCUAGAUGAAGAAUUCCCUGAUGCCCCUGCUGCUUCCAUUGUGCUUGAUUCGGCAGAAUGGGCCAAACUUCCAAAGACAGCAGAAUGGAACCGGCGAGUUGCCGUUUGCCUGAGGGACACGGCACACUAUGAGGAAGCCCAGGCUUACUUUGAAGCGGCAUUAGAACUGGACGAUCAGAUGUGGCUCGCUAGGAGCGGUCUAGCAUAUCUGUACAGCCUCAGUGGGCAACAUGAGAAGUCUCUCGAGCUCUACAAAGAGAAUAUUGAAAUUUUGGAGACGGCUUUCGGAAACCCCGAGAAGCGUGAUAAGCUCCCUCAUGAUGUUGAGGGAGAUGAUCUUGCAGACACCUACCAGUCUAUAGGCGAAGAACUUCUGUCACUCGGAGAUAGAGCGAGUGCUUUAGUUUAUUUGGAAAAGGCUCUUCAUGUUACCACAGAGGGCAAGUUCCUCUCUAAAUACAUUCAACUCCUUGCAGAGGAGAAUACCCCUGAAGCAAACGAGAAGAUCAUACAGCACCUGAAAGGGUUAGACACUGCAUCCGGCGACAAUGGCGCCACCCGCUUGACAGAGUGUCUCUCGGAGAAUUCAAGAUUGGUCUGGAGCAGUGACUUCUACCAGGCUAUCGCGUUUGCAGCCAAAUCAACAGAUCAGCUCGAAUGGCUAGAAUAUGCCUACGGGACAGCAAUCGAGGUAGCGAAGAAACAGCGCAACUCAGUGGUAGCCUUUGCUCUGCAGGUGUCUUUGGCAGACCUCUUCAUCAGCUAUGACAACAAGGAAUCCCGCGCUCUCGAGAUCUGGCAGAUGGUAAUGGACUUUCCCGCAACUUUCAUGCAGGGGAACCUGCUGAUGCUAUACAUACAAUCGCUAGUAAGCAGGUACUAUGGUGCCUAUCUGAUUACCAAGGCCACUCAAGCCGGGCCAGGCACCGCAGAUGCGGAA